UAUCGAUAUCACCUUUAUAAAAUUUAAAAAUAUACUUGGAAUUCGUACGAUUAAAUUCGAUCAAGUUAUUGAUAUAAUCUUAGAUUACUUCUCAGAUAACAAAAAAGACAAUAAACCCCUUUUUAUAAUUAACAUUGAUGAGACAAAUGCACUAUUCAGGAAUGGACAUACCGGAUGGCUCAGGACAGUUCUUCAGGCUCUUGCAAGAGUCAUAUCAAAUGGUUAUUUUCUUUUUAUUGUGCUAACUGGAACACACGCAAACGCGUUGUUUGAUGUAAUAGAAUCAUCAAACGCGAAAAUUGAAGACAUAACUUUACCACUGUUGAAAACUGAACAUGCUAAAGAAGUUAUAUUAGAUCUUGCUAACCGGGGAGUGAAUGAUGAGACAAAAAGGAUCAAUAAGAUUUCUACCUAUCUGGAGUAUAUAAUCGAACUUCUAGGUGUUGUCGGUCAUUUUCUAAAAGUCAUGAUAUUUCAAAUGGGUAUCAUUGGUACAGCCGUUGAGUGUAAUGAAUCUACGUAUAGGAUGAAAUUUUAUCAAAGUGGAUUACGAUACUUCCUUCAAAAUUGUCAAUAUGAAACGGAAACUUGCCAAAGACUUCUUGAUGCAUUGAAAAAACAAAUCAGUAUAAAGUAUUCCCGGUACUUUGAAAUUUUUAUGGAGAAUGAAAAUCUUGAACUUAUCCCUAUUUUAACAGCCUACACCAUAUUUGAGUGGCCUGUUGAUCGGUCAACUACAUUUGGUAUUAAGCAGCGUAAAGUUGAAGAUUUGGAGAAAGAUGAGAUUAUUUUUCUAGAAGGAGAUUAUAAAAAGAAGAUAAAGCUCCCCUUUCUUACUCUCCAUGAGAUUUUUUCUAGUUGUAACACUUUCAAAAUUCCACAAAUCAAGAUUCUCGAUACUCUGAGCAAUGCAUUAUCUCCAGAUCAAAAUGAAUAUUUGACAAUUUUGAAAGAUAUAUCCCUUAUAUUUAAACCUAAAUUUCUUGUCCAAUCAACAAAUAAGAAGAUUGAUCAAAAGAAUUGGAAAGAUUUUGUUAGAAAUCGGUCAUCAAAAUGUAUUGCUUAUCACAAUCUCCAGGGAGCUGAAUUUGCGGAUUCAUUCUUACUUACCAAUCCACCCAUCUUUAUUCAAGAUAAACAAUUGGUGAUUAAUCGUAAAAAAUUGAUAGAUGGAUAUGAGCCAAUUAUGUUAGCAAAAGGGCUUGUGAAGGAAGAAUACGAUAAGUGUAGAAACAUUAGAUCUCAUAUCUUUCU